UCAUUCCUCUGCGCGAGCACCGCGGAGCCUGUUUAAUGUGUAGCUAGUGAAAGUGAGAAAGACAGCAACAAAUGAAUCAGUGAGAGAAGACGAAAACAGCGAGGAAGAGGAUGGUGAGCAGCCAGCCGAAGUACGAGCUGAUUCAGGAGGUGGGACGCGGCAGCUACGGCGUGGUGUACGAGGCAGUGGUGAAACGUACCGGGGCCCGAAUGGCCGUGAAGAAGAUUCGCUGCCACAGCCCGGAGAACGUAGAGCUGGCCCUCAGGGAGUUCUGGGCCCUGAGCAGUAUACAGAGUCAGCAUCCCAAUGUCAUCCACUUGGAAGAGUGUGUCCUGCAGAGAGAUGACCUGGCCCAAAGAAUGAGCCAUGGGUCCAGCUCUCCACUGUACCUAGAGCUGGUGGAGACAUCUCUGAAGGGAGAGAUCACCUUUGACCCCUGCUGUGCCUACUACCUGUGGUUUGUCAUGGACUUCUGUGACGGAGGAGACAUGAACGCCUACCUGUUGUCCCGGAAACCGAGCCGCAAGACCAACACCAGCUUCAUGCUGCAGUUAGGAAGCGCCCUGGCGUUCCUCCAUCGCAACCAGAUCAUCCACAGAGACCUCAAGCCUGACAACAUUCUCAUCUCCCAGGGAAGGACUUUGGCGGGAACCCCUGAGCCCACCCUGAAGGUGGCCGACUUCGGCCUGUCCAAGGUCUGCUCGACGUCCGGCCUCAACCCCGAAGAGCCAGCCUCCGUCAACAAGUGUUUCCUCUCCACGGCUUGCGGCACAGACUUCUACAUGGCUCCCGAGGUGUGGGAGGGCCACUACACGGCUAAAGCUGACAUCUUUGCCCUGGGCAUCAUCAUCUGGGCCAUGGUCGAGCGGAUAACAUUUGUGGACGUGGAGACCCAGAAGGAGCUCCUGGGGAGCUAUGUGCAGCAGGGGGAGGAGAUUGUGCCCCUCGGGGAGGCGCUCCUAGAGAACCCAAAGAUGGAGCUGCUGAUCCCGGCUCGGAAGAAGAGCAUGAACGCGGGCAUGAAACAGCUGAUCAGAGAGAUGCUGUCGUUCAACCCUCAGGAGAGGCCUGACGCCUUUGAACUUGAGCUCCGUCUGGUCCGGAUCGCGUGCAGGGAGCUCGACUGGGACACGUGAUAACGGCGGAUCGCAGUAGAGGAUCCCACGGGACUUGUAGUCACAACGUCAAGCGCAUGUGUCUAGGCCUAAUUCACCGCUCUCAGUGUAGGCGGUAGGGGCCAUGCAAUGGGAGUUUUGUUUUUUUCUUUUCAAGGGAAAAAUUAAUAGGUUGCAAAGGUUUUGGCUUUGCGGUUUGUUGUUGGAUCUGAUGAACUGGUAAACCUAGCUGAACAGUUUGAGAGCCAGUCUGUACUUUUUCUUUUGAAUAUUAUCAUAGCAAGGCUGUCCAUAAGCACAUCCAAUUGUCUCAGAAUGGCGAGAGGCGCUGCUAGCUACUCCACUACUACUGCUUUAAGCUAACCUGUCAGACGUGGCCUCUCAUUGGUAGCUUGCCUGCAAAUACCACCCCAGACUCGGUGCUAAUAAUCAUUCUUCGGAUGCAACUUAUGAUACAGGUAGAAGGCAUCCUGUGACGAUACUGGAUGCAGUUCUACACCAAGGGCCAAUUUAUAUACACAAACAAAAAGACGGACCUCAGUGAUCGUAAACUGUGCAUGGCUGGUUCAGCCAGUACGCUGACCACAUCCUGCUCUUCCCCAACUACAAACGCAUGCACACUUCCCACCGCUCAGGUAAAAACUUGUUGGGAUUUGUAGACUAACUGCUGUUUCAAGAGAGCGCAACGUGACACGUCACUCUUUAUUUGACCCUGUCCCUUAGCCAACUAUAGGAGUCAGGUCUGUGAGAGCAGAUAAGGCCUUGGGAUGACAGCCCAGUGGAGAGUCACACAACCUAACGUAAAACUGGUGAGCCAUUUAAUCAGUGUGUCAUGAUUGGCCUGGAAUGAAAAUAAUUUGAGGAAUAGAACAGUGUUAGGAAUGCAAGCUAAAAGGGCCCUCGACACAACAAGCAUGUUAUUCUAAACCCUUAAAGGGAUCUCUGUUCCCGCUCCAAACAAACAUGUAUUUAGCUGAAGCGCUGUUGUUCUGCUCGCCUUCUCAUAAUAGAGAGUGUAAUGAAUUGACUUGAAUUCUCACAACUGAUGCUGACUUCAGAUCUGAAUGAAACCUGUGUGAGCAGAGUGGAUAGGUGUAAGACGUUAGUGGCAACACUUGAAGACAAAUGCACUUUUAUUUUUUUAUUUUCCCACUCUCUGUAACUUUACCUUGCUGUUAGUAUGGUUUACCUUGAAAAGCUUUGGGAAGUCUGCUUGGAGUUAUUUCACCACGUCCAGUGUUUCCUAAGGGUCCGGCAGGAUGCAUUGUCGGACAGUAAACGAGGAGUGCGUGCAGUGCCCCUCCGCGAACACACACACACACACACAGGCAUAUUGUCAGCAAACAAAGUUUGCUUAUGCAUGCAGUGGCCCUCACCUUGAGAGAGCAAGAGGGAGAUAGACACCAGCAACAUGGCACACACAAUCUUCCCUGAACCCAAAGGAUCUCUGGUUGUUAAUACAUAACACCGGUUUGUGUUUAACCUGAUAUACUCUCACUGUAUCCACUCACUGUGUCAGCUAUUCCCGAACACAUGCAGGCAUGCAUACAAAUGCACACACACACACCACUCUGUUUCCCUGGGUUCUGCUGGAUCGUACCAGUAAUCCCUUUUUCCACGCUUCAUCCCAACACACGUACUAAGCCUAUUAGGUUAUUGACGUGGUUGGCAGAGGUACAGGAUGGCUCUCUGUUGGGGCCGCACACUCACCUUGCAGUUCAUAAUUUGUGCACUUCGAAACAGUUUUGAAAACCAAACUGUUAUCUAUAUCAAAUUGAUACUGAGAGUUUUUUUGUCAUUGACACAUUUUAAACAGGGGCAAGGAUUUUAUAUGACCUGGCUUUAGCCAACAUUAAGAUGCUUUGGUGUCUUUUAAAUGUCUUCCAUUGCCAAAAUGUUAUUUGUCCUCCCUGAGAUGUAUUUUUAAUUUAUGCCUUAUUUUAAUAUCUCCUCCCUCACAAUAGCACUGCAUUGUUAAAUUUUUGAGCCAGCCAUUUCAAUAUGUUGGCUUUGUGGUUCUUCUUAUAAUUCCAAAUUGGGUUCCCCAUCUUCUGAGAACUGGAGGCCUGAAUGAAGAGAGACAGCUACUUUGAUUUGUGUUAAUCAGACUUAUUUGCACAUGUGUAUAUACUGUACAUGACUUUACUACAGACCCUAAAGAAGGUGGUUCAUGAACAUAUGACUGUGGAUUAUUAUGCUCUGUUUUCAAGGGCCUUAACAUUGAGUUGUAUAUUUGCUGUGAUGGGUUUGAUCUUUUUCAACAGUUUCUUCAGCUUUCAUUAUUUUCUUAUGUCCUAAACUGAAGUGUGUUAUAAUUACUGUUGGAUACAGUGUUUGUGUGCUGGUGGUGAUUAUUGUCUUCAUUGGCCGAAUGUAGAUCAACAACUCAACAUCUUUGCAGCUUUUGUUGUGGCUUGCUUUGGAAGUAAACCGCUCAUUACCCUAAAUGUAAUCCUACCGGACUCAUUAGAUGUCACCUUUUGGAAAAUAUGCUUACCAAAUGGCACCCUUUGGCCUAGAUAAUGCACUGCACUUCAGGCUUUGGUCAAAAGUAAUACAGGUAUUUAGGAAAAAGCAUCCCAUUUGGUGUAUAGAUAUCAUAAUUGCCCUAUUCAGAUUAGGAUUGCAAAAAGAACCUCAUGAAAUAAAGUUACAAACCCCAAUUACCAGUGUACAUUAAAACCAGGUGUAUGGGUGGGCUGAAACUUUUAUAUGAACAAUAUUCCCUUUGUAUGUCCUUGUCAGAUAUUUUGAAGAGAUUAAAUUUAUGGGGGAAAAAUGCUGUAAUAAAUGUAAUUCAUUGUUGAAUUGAUGGCUUUAUAAAUGUAAAAAAACCAA